AUGAGAUGCCGGCCGAGUUUCUACGACAAAAUGAAAAAAUCACGAUUAUUUCGACGUUAUAAUAAAAAGGGUCGUAUACAAAAAACUGUUGUUAUUCAACAGCCAACAACUAAUGUGGCAAUUGAAAGUGUUGAAAAUAAUAAUAUAACAAUAACAACUGAUGAACAAAAUCCAUUUGUAUUACCAUCGAAAAAACGUCAAACAAAAAUUAUUCAUGAUAAAAAUUUAAAAAAACGUAAAUUAUCAAAAAAAGAACGAAAACGUUUAGAAAAAAUUAUUGAACUAAAAGAAAAGAAGGCAAAUCGUAUUGAAUUAUUGAAAAAAUUGGGUGAUGUACAAAUAAAACCAACCGAACUAGCUCAAUUACAUUCAAUUAAAAAAAUUGGAGAAAAACCAAAAAGAAAACGAUAUGACUCCGUUGACAAGAAUACAACAAUAUCAGAAAAUGUGCCGAUCAUUUUCGGCAGGAAAAAACGAGUAGUGUCAAAAAAAAUUGAUAAUGUUGAUGAAACAAUAAGACGUCCUGUAUUUUUAGCUCUUUUUUAUGUGCAUAUUUUUUUGCCUAGUCAAGAACUGAAUGGCGCAACGAGCAGUGACGAUGAUGAUGAUCAAGUAGAAACGGAAAUCAAUGAUGAAGAUUUAAAACGAGCAUUAAAAUGUGAUGUAACACCGGCACCAGUGAUUAUACAAAAGGAGGAUACACGAAUUAACAAAAAACGUCGAUUUGAUGAAGAUGACGAAAAUGAUGAAGAUAAACCAGCAAUUAUAUUGACAAAUUCUAAUCCAAAUGUUCAUGUUCAAGUUAAUCGUACCGAAGAGAUUCAGUCCGUUCGUUCUAAAUUACCUAUCAUUAACGAAGAACAAUCAAUUAUGGAAGCAAUCAAUGAAAAUUCUGUGGUACUUAUAUGUGGUGAAACAGGAAGUGGAAAAACUACUCAAUUACCGCAAUUUUUAUAUGAAGCUGGUUAUACAUCGACGGGAAAAAUAAUUGGUGUCACUGAACCAAGACGUGUAGCAGCUACAACAAUGGCGGCAAGAGUUGGUGAAGAAUUAAAUUUGAGUAAAAGUGAAGUAUCCUAUCAAAUUCGUUACGAAGGUACAACAACUAAUCAAACUCAAAUUAAAUUUAUGACAGAUGGUGUUCUAUUAAAAGAAAUUAAAAAUGAUUUUUUAUUAACAAAAUAUUCGUGUAUUAUAAUUGAUGAAGCACAUGAACGUAGUGUAUAUACCGAUGUUUUAAUUGGUUUUCUAUCACGCAUUGUUCCUAUUCGAUAUAAACACGGUCAACCAUUAAAAUUAAUUAUUAUGUCAGCAACAUUAAGAAUUGAAGAUUUUAUUGAAAAUAAAACAUUAUUCAAAGUAAAACCAAAAAUAAUUAAUAUUGAAUCAAGACAAUAUCCAGUUAGCAUUCAUUUUAAUAAACAUACAUUCAAAGAUUAUAUUCAAGAAUCAUAUAAAAAAAUAUGUAAAAUUCAUCGAAAAUUACCACCUGGUGGAAUAUUGGUCUUUGUUACUGGUCAACAAGAAGUUAAGCAAUUGUGUACGAAAUUAAAACGAGCAUUUCCAUUUAAAACACAAAAUUCAAAUCAGGAUGAACCACAAUUUUUACCCAAAACUAAACAAAUAAGACAGAGAAAACAAAAGAAACCAAAGGAAACAACAUUGAAAGAUAUUCCUGAUAUUGAUUUAAACAACUAUUCUGUGUUGCCGGAUGAUGAAGAACUUGAACAAAUUCAAUCGGAUGCUGAGGAUAAUGAUGAACAACGUGAAGGCUCACUUCACAGUGACGAUGAUGAUGAUGAUGAUGAACAUCAACAUGAAAAUGUUUUCAAUGUCACUGAACCAUUAUAUGUAUUACCAUUAUACGCUUUACUACCAUCUGAUAAACAAGCUCGAGUUUUUCAACCACCACCAGCUGGCUGUCGUCUUUGUGUGGUUGCUACAAAUGUUGCUGAAACAUCGAUUACCAUCUCAUCUAUCAAAUAUGUUGUAGAUUGUGGAAAGGUUAAAAUGAAGUUUUAUGAUAAAUUAACCGGUGUAUCAACAUUUCGCAUUGUGUGGACAUCGAAAGCAGGAGCAAAUCAACGUUCAGGACGAGCUGGACGUACAGCACCUGGCCAUUGUUAUCGUUUAUAUUCCUCCGCUGUGUUCAACGAUGAAUUUGAAAUAUAUUCAUCACCUGAAAUUGCUCAUAAACCUGUUGAAGAUCUUGUAUUACAAUUAAAAACAUUGAAUAUUGAUCAUAUUGAAAAUUUUCCAUUUCCAACUCCACCGGAUAAACAAUCAAUUUAUGCUGCUGAAAAAUUGCUAUUAAAUUUAGGAGCAUUGGAAACUAUUGAAACUAGUCAAAAGUCUUCCAGUAAAGAUAAAUUGAAAAUAAAUCGAAUAACUGAACUUGGACAAUUAAUAUCAAGUUUUCCUGUAAAUCCACGUUAUGGAAAAAUGUUAGCAUUAUCGUAUAAAAAUCAAUUAUUACAAUAUGUUAUUGCCAUGGUGGCUGCAUUGAGUGUCGAUGAAAUGUUAAUCACUGGAGUGGUUUCUGUUAAUGGGGUAGGUUGA